UGUCCUGCCCCCUGCCCGGCGUGCCCAGGGCCGUGUUCGCCGCCGCGGAGGGUCGGGAGCACUACGAGACGCGGGUGACGGUGCUGGAGAACGGGCUGAGAGUCGCCUCCCAGAACAAGUUCGGGCAGUUCUGCACCGUGGGACUUCUUGUGAAUUCGGGGUCAAGACACGAAGCAAAAUACCUCAGUGGCAUCUCCCACUUCUUGGAAAAACUGGCAUUCUCUUCCACAGCUCAGUUUGGCAGCAAGGAUGAAAUUCUCCUCACCCUGGAGAAGCAUGGGGGCAUCUGUGACUGCCAGGCAUCGAGGGACACCAUCAUGUAUGCUGUGUCUGCUGAUGCCAGAGGCCUGGACACUGUGGUCAACUUGCUGGCUGAUGUCACCCUCCAGCCCAGGUUAUCAGAUGAGGAGAUUGAGAUGACCAGAACAGCCAUAAAGUUUGAGCUGGAGGACCUGAAUAUGAGACCUGACCCUGAGCCUCUCCUGACCGAAAUGAUCCACGCGGCAGCCUUCAGAGACAACACAGUUGGACUGAACAGGUUCUGCCCUGUGGAGAACACUGACAAGAUCGACCGGGACCUGCUGCACUCCUACCUGCGCAGCUACUACACCCCCGACAGGAUGGUGCUGGCUGGGGUGGGGAUUGAGCACGAGCAGCUGGUGGAGUGUGCCAGGAAACACCUGCUGGGAGUGCAGCCAGUGUGGGGCACUGGGCAGAGCAGAGGUGUGGACAGAUCUGUGGCUCAGUACACAGGAGGUAUCAUCAAGGUUGAAAAAGACAUGUCAGAUGUGAGCCUGGGCCCUACUCCCAUCCCAGAGCUCACCCACAUCAUGAUUGGGUUAGAAAGCUGCUCGUUUUUGGAAGAAGACUUCAUUCCCUUUGCAGUGCUGAACAUGAUGAUGGGAGGUGGUGGCUCUUUCUCAGCUGGAGGUCCUGGCAAGGGCAUGUUCACCCGACUGUACCUCAAUGUGCUCAACAGGCACCACUGGAUGUACAAUGCAACCUCUUACCACCACAGCUACGAGGACACAGGGCUCCUGUGUAUACAUGCCAGUGCAGAUCCAAAACAGGUUCGGGAGAUGGUGGAGAUCAUCACCAGAGAAUUCAUCCUCAUGGCAGGAGCAGUGGGAGAGGUGGAACUGGAGCGAGCGAAGACGCAGCUCAAGUCUAUGCUCAUGAUGAACCUCGAGUCUCGGCCUGUCAUCUUUGAGGAUGUGGGAAGGCAGGUCUUAGCAACAAACACAAGGAAACUACCUCACGAGCUCUGUGCCCUGAUUGGUGAGGUGAAACCUACUGAUAUCAAGAGGGUGGUCACUAAGAUGCUCCACAAGAAACCAGCUGUGGCUGCCCUGGGGGACCUGACAGAUCUGCCCUCCUAUGAGCACAUCCAGGCAGCACUUUCCAGCAGGGACGGGCGCCUGCCGCGGCAGUACCGGCUCUUCCGCUAA